CUUUUUACAUUUCUGAAAAUUUUUUGCUCUAAAAAUUUCAUUCACGUCUACACUGUCUUUUCAUAGUUAUGUAUAUUUUUGCAUUGCAAACAUCGUUCUCAGUUACCAUGUAAACACCCUUCACUAUGGAACGAAAUCGAAAACUUGCAGCAACAAGAGAACGGAUGAGACGGUACAGGCAAAGGAUUAAAGACGAACAAAGAGAAGAUGUAAAAGAAAGGAUGAGACGAAAUCAACGGAUAAGACGAGCCAACAUGAGUGAGCUUGAUCGUGCCAAGUACCUACAGUAUCAAAGAGAACGUCAACAAAUACGAAGAGCAAAAAUGAGCGAUGAACAGCGAGCUGUCUAUCUACGAAAACAACGAGAGAGAGGGCAAGCGCGACGAAAGAACAUGAGCGAAAAACAACAGACAGAAUAUAAGGAAAGACACAGAGAAAGGAAUCGAAUACGACGAGAAAACAUGACCGAAGAACAGUUGAUCAAUUUAAGAAACGAUCAAAGAAUAAGACAACGCCAGAAACGAUCUGGUGCUCGUGUGAUACGGCAACAGAAUGAACAAAUUACAACUGAAUCCGACAGUAUCGGAGAAACGGACAGAUCAAGUUCUGAUUGUGAUUCUUUGAGAAUCAGAAAUGAGCCUCCAAACAGUUGUCAUAACGUUGAGAUUAUGUCUGGAAUUGCUGUGGGCCGUUUAGCUGAAGAAAGAAAAGCUUGGAGAAAAGAUCAUCCUUUUGGUUUUGUUGCCAGACCUAUUAAGAAUCCAGAUGGCUCUCUCAAUCUUAUGAAUUGGGAAUGUGCAAUUCCUGGGAAAAAAUCAACUCCAUGGGAAGCUGGUGUCUACAAAUUAAGAAUGCUUUUUAAAGAUGACUAUCCAAGUUCUCCUCCAAAGUGCAAAUUUGAACCACCAAUCUUUCAUCCAAAUGUUUACCCCUCUGGAACUGUAUGCCUGUCACUGCUGGAUGAAGACAAAGAUUGGAGACCUGCUGUUACCAUUAAACAAAUUCUACUUGGAAUCCAAGAACUCUUGAAUGAACCAAAUAUCAAAGAUCCCGCUCAGGCAGAAGCUUACACUAUCUAUUGUCAAAACAGAUCAGAAUAUGAGAAGCGAGUGAGAUCUCAGGCCAUGAGGCUUCGAGAAGAAUCUUAACCAUCAAACCUUUAUCUCGGAUCCAAAGAAACACCUGUGUGAUGACAGCAACAAUUAUAUCAUACAAGAUUUCUUCAUUCCAUGUAAUUACUAUUGUAAUAUGUAUGCAAUAGCCAAACCGCUCUCAACCAUAAAAUCAUUUUGCACGUGCUCUCUUACACAUACACACACACACACACACACACACACACCUCACAUACACACACACACUUUUUUUCUCUCUCUCUCUCUCUCCCCCCCCUCCCUCUCUGAUUUACUGUUACUCUUCUCUCUUUCUCUCUCCCUCUUUUCUACCAUAACAUCUAUCUGAAUUCCCUAUUGGAACAGCUUUCAAAUUAAUUUGGCAACGUAUGAAAAGACACUGUCACAUUUUUAGAAUGUGUCCAUCUCUUAUGCAACCACCAAAGAAUGACAUGCAUACUGAUACAAAUCUCCCUAUCAAAUUAUUUGGUAGUUGAUUUAUAUAUAAAUACUUUUAAUUUCAUAUAUCUUUAUGAAAUAAAUGUGUGAAAGAAAAUUACAUUUAUGUUUAUUCUAUUAUCAAAAGGAACUUAGUAUGUGUAUGUGUUUAUAUAGAUAUACAUCUUACAUGCAUGCAGACACACAUACACACACAGAGGCACAUAAAUAUAUUGCAUGAAUGUGCUGUGUAUGAGAAUUUUGUUUACUAAAGCAUGAUUUCUUUGUAUUGUUUAGUAAUUUGCAUAUGUCAUGUCAUUGUCCAUAGGGUCUUUAAUGCAGUUCUUUUCAUCUUGUAACAGUGCAAACUUUAGAAUUGCUUAGCUAAAAGAAAAAGUCUUUUUUCACUUGUUUUAUUUAUUCAGGCAUGUACAAACUUGGUGUGUGCUGUUGUCACGAGUUGCCAAUAAAUGUCUUCAUCUUUUGAAAAACUCAUCAGUUUUAUUGCUUUUUGCUAGUGAUAAUGGAGUUUAUAACUGACUGCCUUUUGAAAUUUCUACAUUUACAAAUAUAAGGUAAAACAGAUAUUUAAAGAAAUAGAAUAGAAGUGAAAAGAUUUUUAUUAAGAAAAAUGUUAAAGAAAAUCUAUUUUAAUUGAAAUGGUAUUUAAUUCCUUUGAAAUUAGAUUAAUCAUGUAGUCAAAUGAAAAUAAAUCUAAACAUAAUCAUUCUAUAAGAAAAUAAAAUAGUUUUCCAUUCUACUGCAUUGCAUUAUUGAUAAGUGCUUUCUGAAAUAAAUGAAUAUGUAUUCUUUCUGCACCUUAUUAUCCCUCAUCUUCAGAACAUCUUAUUUUAACUGGAUUUGGAAGAGAGAUAGAGGUUACCUGUCAAUUCAACUUGUUCUUUUUAAAGCAUGUACUUGUUAAAAACCUCUUUUAAAAAAAUGAUUUGACACAUCAUGUAUUAUUUUCUUUUAUAAUAUUGUGUCAAAAUAAAGAUAUUAAAAUAAGUGA